GAAAGUUGUUAAACGACUCUACCGUCCGGACCCGGCCUUUUACAUGGGGUUGACUUAUCGUACACUUGGCUGCGUCGUAUCGCUAUCUUAUGGAACAUCUCCGCAGCUAAGACGUAUAGUAACCACACAUACGCUGAUAAACCUAUUGGAUCAUCUAUCACCCGCAUGGCUUAUCGCAAAGUAGGAGACUAUUAUACAUUCUUUGGUAUCCCAAGAUAGAAUUCGAGUUGGAGUACAGCUCAUAGUCAGAAGCACCCGGAAAUCUAGUACAUAUAUCUUACACUCAAACAGCAAAACAAUUCAUUAUCAAAACCCAUCGCUAAUAUGGCUCCAGCCACGGUCACGAUUGCUAACGGAGCAACAUGGCAAGACGUAGCAGCCGAUCGCCAACAGCACAGGGACGCGACAAUCGCAGAAGUCAGCCCGCCGGUACCGGAUGUACGCCAGGAAGACAUCCCUCUUAAUACUACAGGAAUCCCGAAGAAACUUCUGACAAAGCAGGAAAUCGAAAUCACUAACAUAGAUGCCGAAAAUCUUGUCAAGAAGAUAACCUCAGGCGAAUGGAGCUCGACAGCAGUAACCAAUGCUUUCCUGCGACGUGCUGGCCUCGCACAGAAACUCACGAACAGUAUCACGGAAUUGUUGUCUAAACGAGCUUUGUCCAAAGCGGCCGAGCUGGACCAGUACCUGGCUACUAACAAGAAGCCUAUUGGCCCGCUUCAUGGCAUUCCGAUCAGUGUUAAGGAGCAUAUCGCCAUUAAGGGUGAAGACCUAAAUGCCGGGUUCGUAGGCUGGGUCGGCCGAGUCGCUGAGGAGGACGCGUUGAUCAUUCAGUAUCUGGAGAGCGCUGGGGCGGUGAUCUUCGCGAGAACGACUGAGCCGCAGACUUUGAUGCAAAUUGAGACGGAGAGUAAUCUAUACGGAAUUACCGUAAAUCCCUACAACACAACCUUAAGUUCCGGGGGCUCGUCCGGCGGAGAAGGCGCACUGAUCGGGCUCCGAGGCUCGAUCCUUGGAAUCGGAACAGACAUUGGCGGGUCUAUUCGCGUUCCCGCAGCCAGCAACGGGCUCUUUGGCUUCAAGCCUACCACUCUACGAUUACCAACCGACGGCUGGUCCGCCGCCAUGGCGGGCACUGAGUCUAUCCUUGGCACCACUGGUCCUAUCUCAACCAGCCUCGAGGGUCUCCGGGUUUUUACCAAGUCCAUUAUCGACCAGAAGCCCUGGCUGAAGCAACCGAGUCUGAUCGGCUUGGACUGGAGAGACUCGGCGCAGUAUUAUCCGGAUCGAAAACUUAGGGUGGGCGUUAUUUAUAACGACGGUGUUGUAAGGCCACAUCCGCCUGUGCUUAGGGCGCUAAAUGAACUUGUGGGAAAACUGCAGAAGAGCCCAGAUAUUGAGGUUGUGGAGUGGAAGCCGUGGAAACAUGAUUUGGCAUGGUCUAUCAUCGCAAAGCUCUACUUCGCCGACGGCGGCGCCGACGUGAAAAAAGCCGUCGAUUCCUCCGGGGAGCCCUGGUGCCCCCUGGCCAAAUUCAUCCUCCACGAAAACCCGCACGUAACCUCCCACACGAUCCCCACGCUCUGGGACGCCGUGUCCGAGCGCGACGCCUACCGCACCGCGUACGCGAACCUCUGGAACGCGCACCCCGUCGACGUAAUCCUGUCACCCGCAGGCCCUGGCGUCGCGACUAAACACGGCACCGGCCGCUACUGGGGAUACACCGCACAGUGGAAUCUGCUCGAUUACCCGGCCAUUGUGUUUCCUACGACUGAUGCUGUGGGGGAUGCUGCGCGCGAGGGCGAGUAUGAGUACCCGGAGGGUUAUGAGCCACUAGGCGAUAUAGAUGAGUACGUGUAUGGGUUGUGGAAGGAGCAUGGCGCGGAGGGAUAUAAGGAUGCGCCGAUUUCGUUGCAGCUUGUUGGACGGAGGUUUGACGAUGAGAAGCUAUUUAGGGCUGCGCAGAUUCUACUCGAGGAAGCUGGGUUGCCGGCUGCUGUUCCCGCGUAGGGUGGCUGUUGGGUCGAGGGCUGAUCUAUCUUGAGCUUAAUGCAAGCUUUUCUUCUCAAAUAUGUAGUAGUUUUAUAUUUAUGGCUUAGCUACUUAGCAAAAUGGUAUGCUAAAUAUUAAGGGGCCCUGGUUUUGGGCUUUGAAAUGAAUAUGUUUUGUAGUUGACGUAGCUCAGAGUCCUA